CUGCAGCGCCGCAAGUAGGUGCAGCAGCCCGCAGCUCGCCGCGCCUCUGCGAGCCGGGACGGCACUCGGCCCCGCGCGCUCCCCGCCUCGCGCCAGCCCCGCCGCCGGGACCUGCGGCAGCCGAAGACCCCAUCGAUCAGAGACUCGGGGAGCAGCGCGCGGCCCCGAGCCGGACGGGGCCGGGCACUGCGCCUUUGUCCCCGGAGGCUCCGGGAAGUUUGCAGCGGGACGCGCGCGUGAAAGCAGCGUGGGCAGCCCCGACGUCGCCGAGCAGCAUGGGCGUCGGGCGCAACGCGCGGGGUCGCGGCGGGGCCGCCUCCGGCGUGCUGCUGGCGUUGGCCGCCGCGCUGCUGGCCGCGGGUUCGGCCAGCGAGUACGACUACGUGAGCUUCCAGUCGGAUAUCGGCUCCUAUCAGAGCGGGCGCUUCUACACCAAGCCCCCGCAGUGCGUGGACAUCCCGGUGGACCUGCGGCUGUGCCACAACGUGGGCUACAAGAAGAUGGUGCUGCCCAACCUGCUGGAGCACGAGACCAUGGCAGAGGUGAAGCAGCAGGCCAGCAGCUGGGUGCCGCUGCUCAACAAGAACUGCCACAUGGGCACCCAGGUCUUCCUCUGCUCGCUCUUCGCGCCCGUCUGUCUGGACCGGCCUAUCUACCCGUGUCGCUGGCUCUGCGAGGCUGUUCGCGACUCGUGCGAGCCGGUCAUGCAGUUCUUCGGCUUCUACUGGCCCGAGAUGCUCAAAUGUGACAAGUUCCCCGAGGGCGACGUCUGCAUCGCCAUGACCCCGCCCAAUGCCACCGAAGCCUCGAAGCCCCAAGGUACAACAGUGUGUCCUCCGUGUGACAACGAGUUGAAAUCGGAGGCCAUCAUCGAACAUCUCUGUGCAAGCGAGUUUGCGCUGAGAAUGAAAAUCAAAGAAGUAAAAAAGGAAAACGGUGACAAGAAGAUUGUCCCCAAGAAGAAGAAACCCUUGAAGCUGGGGCCCAUCAAGAAGAAGGAGCUGAAGCGGCUCGUGCUUUUCCUAAAGAAUGGCGCCGACUGUCCCUGCCACCAGCUGGACAACCUCAGCCACAACUUCCUCAUCAUGGGGCGCAAGGUGAAGAGCCAGUACUUGCUCACAGCCAUUCACAAGUGGGACAAGAAAAACAAGGAGUUCAAAAACUUCAUGAAGAAAAUGAAAAACCACGAGUGUCCCACCUUCCAGUCUGUUUUUAAGUGACGCUGGGGUGGACUGGGGAGGGAGCGUGGCUUGGGGUGAGGGUGGGGGCGUGUGAAUGACCCUGGCUCUUGGGGUUCACAUGUUGCUCUCUCCCAUUACAGUUGUGGCUUUUGCAUCGCACCUGGCUCUGUUCCUACAGCGAUCCCUCUCCCUUCCCUCCACAGCCAAUCCAGCUAAGGCCCUUUAGAUUAGGAAGGCUUUUUUUUUUUAAGGGCUGCAGCAGGGCCAGCAGGCACAAGGAGAGUCAGAAUCCUUUCACUGAGCCUCAGGCACAAAACAGAAAAUGUUUGCCAGUUUGGGGAAAAAAAAAAAAGGAUUGUAAAGAAGUGCAGGAGGACAGUCAUUCAGCUUGAAGUUGUUCUGAACAGCAUUCCCAAUUCCUUGUGGAGUCUAAAGCCUUUACAACCCCUCUCUUUCUGCCUUAGAUAGAAACAAGACCAUUGUCACCUUCAACACACACACACACACACACACACACACACACACACACACACACACACACACACACACAAGGGGCUGGAAACUGUAGGUCUCAAAUGGACAUUUCAUCGGGAUACCAGGAUGGCAGGGAUCUGCUUUUGUAUGAGGAGGAACGUGAGCAUGAAGAGAAUGAGGCGUUUCAGACUGAGAAGCCAAUGGUUACUAGUUUUCAAAAAUAAUAGUGAAAGAAAAGAACAAAUGUAGACGGUCAAGCAGGUCACGAGUCAGGGUGACUGGGGAAUCCUGUGUGGAAGGGCCUCACAUUGUAAUCCCGUCUGUCACAUUUCGAAAGAACAGAGACAUAAACAGUGAUAAAACCCCACACAUCUUCCGAGGCUUGGAUAAAACUCCACACUGAGCAUUUCAAAGAUAACCAAGACUAACAUCGCGGAUUGCCCAAGGCGCCCUCUUAAUAAGCACACUGCGCAUAUGCUGUGGAAGGCAAGUCUGUCUGCGCAUGUGCUGUGGAGGAGAUGGGCGUGGCAUCAUGGCUGUGCCUAGCUGCCAUGUCAGUGGAAGGAGACAAGUGUCCACAAUGCUGCCCGGACUCUGCUUUUCUGCAAGGAGAGCCCUUUUUCUUAAACACGAUUGCCUAUAAUUCCAACAAAAUUGGAAUUGCUGCCUGCCUGAGCCCUCCACCUUUAUUUUUGUAUGCCUCCACUCACGUUCUUUUGAGGCUAAGCCCUACCCGAGGAGAUGGUUUCAAAGGCACCAUCGGCAGUUUCCCCAAGUGCCCAAAGGUAUUUCUUAAAGUUGGUAUGCUUAAUAAGUGAUGUAAAUAUUCCAGUUCUCUUUGGUAGCCUUACUCCUGUUGUCCGAGUAGUUCUUCUUCUUCUUUUUUUUUAAAGCUAAUUUCUUCCACCAAAGUCUGAUUAUUCACUCCCCACCACAUCUCAAGGGCCACAGUGGCUGUCCCUUUGGCUUACUCAAUCCAGAGGCAGCAUUGGUUGUGAAGAGUCAUGUGAUCUAGUGGCCUUGGAUUGGCACAGAAGCAGAAAACUUCUGGUUACUUCUGAAAGACUCCGGCCUGAAAAUUACCAUGCCAACCUAGUUACCGAUCUAAGUGGGGUAGUGAGCUAAUUAACUUUAUGUCUAGUAAUUCUAUUAUCCUAACACUUUUAAGAAUUCUACCAACCUUAAUCAUAACGGUAUUAAGAAUCUUAAAUGAUUUGCCGAUAAUUGUAUAUGAUUUAAUUAGUAAUUUGAAAUAGUCUACCUUUUCAUUGUCCAACUGAAAGACAAAUUUUCAUGAGUGUAGAUUUGGGCCUCCAGCCACUAGUCAGUGCCUAGUGAGGGUCUGUUCAUUUUGGCAAAGUUCACCAUGUGGCAGGGCCCUCUCCAAGUGGCAGAGGACCACCUAUAUUAAUUUUUCUGAGGAUGGUAGCAGUUUCACAGAACAAAAGUGACAGCCUGUGCUGGGCAGAUUAGGAAUCCUCAGGUAGGAGGCAACAUUCUCAGAAAGGAUUCACAAUCAACUGAUCACGUGAACUCCAGCGACUGUCCUCCCACUCCAGAAUCCCCGGCUUUAGAGUUCCAUUGUGGACCUGUGAGGAUUUUAGACACGCACACAGACCAGUUUUGUCUCUACUACAUCAGCAGUUCUAGACAAAAAGGGAGGCUAAGGGCCCAAAGCUGCGUGAUCAGCAGCCUUUGUCCAUUACAACAAAAGGUAUAACAAACCAAUGUGCAGACUCGUUGGCUUUGCCCCUGGUUUCCAAUGGUGGAGGUCCAUGUGUGCUCUGACCAGCGUUGCCAGUGAAAAGAAGAGCUUUAAAAUAGCCAUUCUGGAGAGUCAGGAAAAGCCAACCCCCCCCACCCCCCCAACCAAACUUUUGGAAACUACCAGUAGUUAUCUUGGAAAAUAGGCUCGGAGGCACGAAUUGUAAAGAUAUUCUACUUUAAAAACAUUCUGUAGCAAUACUCAAAACUCGUGGUUGGUGGGUUAGCACUGUGUUCUCCCUGGGGCAGAGUCCAGGCUUCCUGUGAAUGUGUAAAUUACAGAACUCUCGGUUCCCAAAGCUAGAACCUGUUUUUCUUGUUAGCCUUCGUGUAACCAGAUGCUCUGUUGUACCUUCAUAGCUGGAAGUGUUUCAAGAUGAGCUUCAGAAGCAAACCUGAAGCUUCAUCUUCACAAUGGCAUGCUGACUGCUCUGACCUGGCACUGCGGGUCCUAAGCACAUAUGUGGAAUCCCUGUUGGCCCUAGUCCCCGCGCCCCUGCCCCCCUUGCCCCGUGAGGACUCCACUUUAUAGCCUAAACCUUUUAUACAAAAGCUUUGGAUACUGUGAAGAUGUUUUACAUUCCAUUUCGUUCGUGUUGUUUUUUUUUUUUAACUACAUUUGACCAGAUGUUUUGAUGUUAUCACUUAUGUUAAUAGUAAUUCCCAGAUGUGUUUUGUUCUCAUUGCUUUCCCUGCCGUGUAUUCACUAAAAUCACUCGAUCAAUAACAGUGUGAGUUGUGAUUGGCCCAA